AUGGAUGGGGACUGGGGUGAUGAGACGACAGAGGCGGCAACGCAGAUGUGCCUUGAUGCUGGCAUAAGCUCCGGUCAAAAGAUCAAGAAUCUCACCCCGAAAAUGCUGAAAGGUUUGUUUAGUAUGGACGCAUACACGCUUCUUCCAACCGGAACCGAGGCCGUUCGAUCCGUACAAAGAUGGCUUAACGGUCGAUAUCUUGACUUCCUCAACUAUUACAUUGUCCCAGCAGAUGGAAUAUUUUCACGCAGCGUACAACGCGCCUUGUAUAUCGCCAUUCAAUUUGAAAUGGGCCUGAGCCCGGCCGCAGCGACUGGCUCGUUCGGGCCAGCGACUCGCAAGUUCCUCCAACAGCAUUCGAUUGGGCCUGGUCAGCACGGACCUCUAGUGCAAAUCUUUACCGGCGCGAUGGGUCUGCCAAAAAGUCAAGUUGGCUUCAUCAGUACUGGCUUGACGGCCAGCACAGCCCAAAUGAUGCGAGCGGCAGGCUAUCAAUUCGUCGGCAGAUACCUCGCUAACAAGCCCGGAAGCACCUUCAACAAAAUGAUUCAACCCGGCGAACUCGCCGCAAUUUUUAGCGCUGGACUGCGCGUCUUCCCCAUCUUCCAGUACUACGGUGGUGCAGCUUCCGCUUUCAACUACAUCUCCGGACGUCGAGAUGGGUUCGCAGCUCACGAUGCAGCUGUCAAUCAUGGUUUCCCAACCUCCACUGUCAUUUACUUUGCGGUCGAUUUUGACGCGACGCAAGCUGAAAUCAAUUCGAACGUAGAGCCAUACUUUCAAGGGGUAGCUGGUGCGCUUGCCAGGCGAGAUAAUAGAUAUAUUAUGGGCGUGUACGGCUCUCGUAAUGUUUGCUCAGACAUGACUGACCGCGUUGGUGCAAGGUGGAGCUUUGUAUCUGGGAUGUCGAGCGGAUUCUCCGGGAAUAUGGGCUUCGCUAUGCCCUCGAAUUGGUCAUUUAACCAGAUCCAGACCACACGUGCUGGAUCGGUAGACAUCGACAGGGACGCACACAAACUGGGAUCCGAUAUGGGUGUUGGGCAGGUGAGCGAUACGGGGGCUGCUUCCAUCGAGGAAUUUAUCACGUACAUACGUAAAGUCUACGAGCUCGCCCUUGCCUACCGCAACACCUCUGGAAGUCUGUUCUUGGACCCGAAUGAGAUGGUUUUGAAUUUCCUUCGGCACCCUCGAUACACUACUGCAUCGCGGUGGCUUCUCCUUGGCAAUGUUGACGAGGUUGUACGCGACGAAACGCUGAAUUUCAUUUUCUACGCCAAUGACAGAAUUGUCAAACUUGGACGCGUCCGCGAACCCACCUACGGUGUUGACCUCCACGUCGAUCACUUUGCUGCGGCUUGUAUGGGGGUCUACCUUAGGGGUAGGCCACUCGAGCUUGACGGAACCCCGCCACCGACGGGUAUCGCCGACUUUGCUGGCUGGGGAGGCGACUGGAUCCAGCAUUACGGCUUGUGGCAAGACGCUCUCUCGCUCGAACCGAUUAAAUGGUACUCGGGGCUAGAGUUCUGCCGUGCUCGCCUGGCCAAAACGGCUGAAGAGAUGAAGGCUGGGCUAUUCGACAGCACAUUCAAACUUCGCGAUCUCCUCGAGGACGUUGCUGCGUACAACAUCGGGAUGAAUCUUCGCCAGAAGGCACCAGUAGCAACCAAAAUAUUCGACGAGAUCACCUUCGCCUUCCAAGGUCCUGGCCGCCUCACGCGGUAUCGGGACUUUUACGCUAGGCGAUUCAAUAGCAACCCGACCGCUGUCAAGGCGGCUGUGACGAGCAUGCUUCUUCGUCACCCACCGAUUGGCCCAGACGAUUCAGUAGUGAUUUGGGUUGCACAGUCCGUCCUGGUGACAAGACAGUGUGAGAACGCGAUCAUGGCAUGGGAUCUGCCUUCUGAUCGCCUAUCCGUGUUUUGCGAUGGGCUGGUGGAAAUGCUCGUCACCAAGGUAGAAGAGGAGAAGAAGCUAAGCUUAUGA